AUGACUUUGCCAGACCCGGCGUACAGCUUCACUAUCCCAUCUCUACACGAUGACACCCCGCUCGACUGCCGAAUCUACCAUCCUUCAGAACUAGCAGGGUCGGCUUCCUCUGUAGAAGACACAUGGCAGAAGAGAGGAGCCAUCAUAGCGCACCCAUACGCGCCAUUAGGUGGGUCCUACGAUGAUCCAAUCGUGAGUGUUGUUGGACAAGAGGUCCUCCGCCAGGGCUUCAUCGUGGGAACCUUCAACUUCAGAGGCGCAGGUGCAUCUCACGGCCGCACAAGCUGGUCCGGCAAAGCGGAGCUAGCGGACUACAUCUCCUUCGCCGGCUGCUUCAUCCACUACCUGCAUAACCUCCAGUUGUCUCCAUCUUCAUAUCCCGAAACGCAUAAGCUUCAGCCUAUCCCCAGCAGCAGCUCCCGACCGCUCUUUCUAAGACAUAGUAGUGGACCCCCACCUCCAGAUCCACCCAUCAAGCUCAUCCUCGGCGGCUACUCUUACGGCUCCCUUGCCACGACCCACAUCCCCGCAACAUCCACCCUCCUCCAGCGUUUCAUCAAUGCCGUGCCUGGCACCGCAGCUGCUGAGAUACUCCUCCGCGCGCGCGUCCUAGCCGAACAGACGAGUACCGAGCUCAGCGCAUCAGUAGCGCAACGCGGCCGCUCGUUCCGAAGAAGCCGCCAGAGCCUCACAAUCGGCGGAGAAGAGACCCCGCCUGACAUUCGGCGCCGGAGCCGGGAGACAAGCCGGCGCAGUCUCGAUGUGCCGCGGAGCCUCAAGGUCUUUGGAAGGAAGGCCAGCGAUCGGUCGUGUACACCUUCACCAGCGGACGAAGCAGUGGAGGACGAAGAGCACGUAAAGGAUGUCCCAGACGUAUCGACUGCUUACUUGCUCGUCUCGCCAAUCCUGCCGCCAACGUCUACUUUGAUCGCGCCGUCCCUGGCGAAAGCUUCACCGGGCCAGCAGAACAUCACGAGGAGGCCUACGCUGAUAGUGUAUGGAGACAAGGAUUCUUUCGCCUCGGCUAAGAAGAUGCGGAAGUGGGUGGAGGAGCUGAAGAAGGAGGCUGGAUGGCUGCUUUGGAGUACGGAGGUUCACGAGGCGGGACACUUCUGGCGGGAAGAGGGGGUGGAGAAGGAAUUGAGGGAUGCGGUGAGGGAGUGGGCGAGUGCUGUUGCGAGUGGAUCCGAGGGUCAGCGGUCGAUGUCAGUGCUGUUGGACCGCGCGGAUGCUGUGGCUGCUAUUGCUCAGGUACAAUGA